AUGGAGUCUGAGGUGCUGGUCGGGGGUGAGUUCGACAUGGAGACAAACUUCAUUAUCCAAGAGGCAGAGAGCAUCGGCUGCAUGGUGGAGCUGCUGGAGCACUGCAACGCCACGUGUCAGGCAGAAAUCUGGAGCAUGGUCACGGCCAUCCUUCGUAAAAGUUUUCGGAACCUGCAGACCAGCACCGAGGUGGGCCUCAUCGAGCAGGUGCUGCUCAAGAUGAGCUCCGUGGAAGACAUGAUUGCAGACUUGCUGGUGGACAUGGUGGGAGUUUUAUCCAGUUACAGCAUCACGGUUAAAGAGCUGAAGCUGCUCUUCAGCAUGCUGCGAGGGGAAGGAGGCGUCUGGCCGAGGCAUGCUGUCAAAAUGUUGUCAGUGCUGAAUCAGAUGCCCCAGAGACACGGUCCAGAUGCUUUCUUCAACUUCCCUGGUCGCAGUGCUGCAGCCAUCGCUUUACCUCCAAUCGCCAAGUGGCCUUAUCAGAGCGGGUUUACGUUAAACACCUGGUUCAGAAUGGACCCGCUGAAUAACAUCAACGUGGACAAAGACAAACCCUAUCUCUACUGCUUUCGGACGAGCAAAGGCAUCGGCUACUCGGCACAUUUCGUCGGAAACUGCUUGAUCGUGACGUCGCUCAAGUCCAAAGGGAAAGGUUUCCAGCACUGUGUCAAGUACGACUUUCAGCCGAGGAAGUGGUACAUGAUCAGCAUCGUUCACAUCUACAGCCGCUGGAGGAACAGCGAAAUCAGAUGCUACGUGAACGGGCAGCUCGUCUCGUACGGAGACAUGGCGUGGCACGUCAACACGAACGACAGUUAUGAUAAGUGCUUCCUCGGGUCCUCGGAGACGGCGGACGCUAACAGAGUGUUCUGUGGACAGCUGGGAGCCGUCUACGUCUUCAGCGAAGCCCUCAAUCCCGCGCAGAUAUUUGCAAUUCAUCAGCUCGGACCAGGCUACAAGAGCACGUUUAAGUUCAAGUCAGAGAGCGACAUCCAUUUGGCCGAGCAUCACAAGCUUGUGUUGUACGACGGCAAGUUGGCUGGCUCCAUCGCCUUCGCUUACAACGCCAAGGCCACGGACGCUCAGCUCUGUCUGGAGUCUUCGCCCAAAGAAAAUGCCUCCAUCUUCGUGCACUCGCCACACGCCCUCAUGCUGCAGGACGUGAAAGCCACGGUGACCUGCUCCAUCCACAGUGCCAUUCACUCCAUCGGAGGGAUCCAGGUUCUCUUCCCGCUCUUUGCCCAGCUGGACUUUUAUCAGCUGAAUGACAGCCCGCUGGAAAACACAGUCUGUGCCACUCUCCUGGUGUUUCUACUGGAGCUGCUCAAGAGCUCUGUAGCCAUGCAGGAGCAGAUGCUGGGAGGAAAGGGCUUCUUGGUGAUUGGGUACUUGCUGGAAAAGUCGUCGCGCGCACACAUCUCCAGGUCCGUGCUGGAGCAGUUCCUGUCUUUUGCGAAGUAUCUGGACGGCCUGACACACGGCGCGCCCCUGCUGAAGCAGCUGUGCGACCACGUCCUGUUCAACGCGGCCAUCUGGAUCCACACUCCUGCCAAGAUUCAGCUCUCUCUCUACACGUACCUGUCCGCUGAAUUCAUCGGCACGGCAACCAUCUAUAACGCCAUUCGCCGUGUGGGCACAGUGCUUCAGCUCAUGCAUUCACUCAAAUACUACUACUGGGCUGUGAACCCUGCAGACGGCAGUGGAAUCACGCCAAAGGGUCUGGAUGGUCCAAGGCCGACCCAGAAAGAAAUUAUUUCUCUGCGGGCGUUUAUGCUUCUCUUCCUCAAGCAGCUCAUCCUGAAGGACCAGGGUGUGAGGGAGGACGAGCUGCAGAGCAUCCUCAACUAUCUUCUAACGAUGCAGGAGGAUGAGAAUCUUCACGACGUCUUACAGCUGAUGGUCGCCCUCAUGUCUGAACAUCCCGCCUCCAUGAUCCCUGCUUUUGACCAGAGACAUGGAAUACGAGUCAUCUACAAACUCGUGGCCUCAAAGAGUGAAAGCAUCCGAGUUCAGUCCCUCAAAGUGCUCGGGUACUUCCUCAAGCAUUUGGGCCACAAGAGGAAGGUGGAGAUCAUGCACACACACAGUCUCUUCACUCUCCUGGGAGAGCGGCUCAUGCUUCACACCAACACCGUCACGUUAACAACCUACAACACUCUCUACGAGAUUCUGACAGAGCAGGUGUGCACGCAGGUAGUGCACAAACCUCACUCCGACCCGGACUCCACCGUCAAGAUUCAGAACCCAAUGAUUCUCAAGGUGGCCGCGACCAUCUUGAAGAACUCUGCCCCCAGUGCUGAGCUCAUGGAGGUUCGGCGACUCUUCCUCUCAGACAUGAUCAAACUGUUCAGCAACAGCCGAGAGAACAGACGGUGUCUACUCCAGUGCUCGGUGUGGCAGGACUGGAUGUUCUCGCUCGGCUACAUCAAUCCGAAAAACUCUGACGAGCAGAAGGUCACGGAGAUGGUAUACAACAUCUUUCGCAUUCUGCUCUACCACGCCAUCAAGUACGAGUGGGGAGGCUGGCGUGUGUGGGUGGACACGCUCUCGAUAGCCCACUCUAAGGUGACAUAUGAGGCCCAUAAAGAAUAUUUGGCAAAGAUGUACGAAGAAUACCAGCGGCAGGAGGAGGAGAACAUAAAGAAAGGGAAGAAGGGGUUAGUGAGCACCAUCUCUGGCCUGUCUGCUCAGGCGUCGGGCAUCAAGGGUGCCAUAGAAAUGGACGAUAACUCCCACACACCUGAGAGUGACACGGACUAUGAGAGCGCCGACUCGCGCAACCUGCUCGCUGAAGGGAAGGCUUCUGAAGAGAGUCUGAGUGAAAUGGAGGGUGCGGUAGACGGUGUCAGGGUUGAAGUUCAUGAACUUCUGGUGGACAUUAAGGCCGAGAAGGUGGAGGCUACGGAGGUUAAACUUGACGACAUGGACUUGUCCUCUGAAACGUUGGUAGUUUCAGAGAAUGGAUCGCUGUUGGGGGUGGAUUCUCUGUUGGAUAAUGUUUAUUGUGCUGCGGUGGAAAAGCUCAACAGCAAUGCCAACAGCGUGUUGUUGCCAAAAGGCAGCAUGGACGAGCAGACCGCACCCCCCCUCAUUACGUUAGACGACGACAAGGACGAUAUCGGCAACAACUUCCUGUUUGACAAGGUGACCGGCAGCAUGGAGGACAAGCUCCUGCCUGAUCUGACUCCAGCUGAGCCUCUGGUCCUGCCGAGCUUAAACCCUUCUGUGCACACCAGUGCCAGUGAUGAGCUGGGCCUUCUCGCUCACAUGACAGGCAGCUCUGGGCUUGGCUCUUUACCCAGCAUCCUGGAGAAGGAUGAGUUUGAACUGCAGGCCUUGGAGGGCAUCAGCGCCGUGGCUGGCGCUGAGACGAAGGCUGCCUCCAAAAGCCCAGAGGUCAGCGAGGGCUCAGCGGCAGCUGUGUGUGAUGUGGACCCAGCGGCUGCUAAGACCAGCCGCGCAGCAGAUGCAGUGAACAACAGCUCUGACACGGAGAGAUCAGACGAUGGCAAAGACAAGGAGAUGAAGAAGAUUCAGACAACGGCCACCACACAGGGUCUUCACGGCCGAGUCGCCGCUCAAACGGAGAGGGACGUCCACGUGGACCUGGGCUUCAGGGCCACGCCUAUGACCGAGGAACAGCGACGCCAGUUCAGUCCCGGCCCGCGGACCACCAUGUUCCGCAUCCCGGAGUUCAAAUGGUCGACGAUGCACCAGAGGCUCCUCACUGACCUGCUGUUUGCUCUGGAGAGUGACGUCCAUGUUUGGAGGAGCCACUCCACCAAAUCUGUCAUGGACUUUGUUAACAGUAAUGAAAACAUCAUAUUUGUGCACAACACCAUCCACCUCAUUUCACAAAUGGUCGACAACAUCAUUAUUGCCUGCGGCGGGAUCUUACCUCUGCUCUCUGCGGCCACCUCUCCCACUACUGAGUUGGACAAUAUCGAGGCGACGCAGGGGAUGUCCUCAGAGACCGCCAUCACGUUCCUGUCCCGUCUCAUGGUCCUGGUGGACGUGCUGGUCUUCUCCAGUUCCCUGAACUUCAGUGAGAUCGAGGCAGAGAAGAACAUGUCCUCCGGUGGCCUGAUGCGUCAGUGCCUCAGACUCGUGUGUUGUGUGGCCGUGAGGAAUUGUCUGGAGUGCCGGCACAGACACAGCACCGCCGCGGCAAUUAAGUCCACGGUUCCCAACAACAACAUUAAGACUCAGGAAAUCCUGCUAAACGCCGUGGCUUCCACCAAGGACCCUGACCGCCUCCUGCAGGACGUGGACAUUAAUCGUCUGCGAGCUGUGGUGUUCCGUGAUGUGGAUGACAGUAAACAAGCCCAGUUCCUGGCUCUGGCUGUGGUCUACUUCAUCUCUGUCCUCAUGGUCUCCAAGUACCGCGACAUCCUGGAGCCCCAGCGUGAAACUGCCAGGAGCAGCCAAUCGCCCGGCUACGUCAUGCGCCAGGAGAUCAACUCCCCGUCCGGCACAGAAACUCCGUUGGCGUUUGACAGCAGUAGUGAUCGUAUCGGACCUUCUGACGACGUCCUCCAUGUGCAGAACACUUUUCCCCGCACAGACUCUGGGAUUGGAGAGGAGCACCUCGUCCGCAUCCAGAAUGGUUCUGAUCCCGAUCACGGCAGUAACGGGCCGGCAGACAGCAUGAGCGAGCAAAUAUCCACGUUGUCCUCCGAGGUGAAGAAGUCCCUGGAGAGUCAGUGCGACGCGGCCAGCGCGGAGUUGCUUAAACCGCCUCUGUCCGUCACGAGCGUCAGCCAGCCUAGCAAAGGCAUCAGCGUGAAGGACAUCCUGAAGAGCCUGGUCGCGGCUCCAGUGGAAGGAAUGGAGACUGGACUGGAGGCUUUGUCCUACCCGGACCCUGCUACCAAAGCUCAUGUCCAGGCCAAGUUGCCUAUGCAGUUCCACUCCUUUGACAGGAGUGUGGUGGUGCCUGUGAAGAAAACCUCACCUGGCAGCUCAGCAGUUAACACCUUAAGCAGCAGUGGCACAUCUGCGGGUCAGCCGCCGGGCAGCGCCGCCAACGUCUUUGCCGCUGCCGCCGUGACCCCUAAAAGCAUGAUCAACACCACAGGACCCGCUGAUGCAGCUCCGUCAAACUCCUCCUCCUCAUCGUCGUCCAGUUUUGUAAAUGGAGCCACCAGUAAAAACCUCCCUGCUGUGCAGACAGUGGCCCCCAUGCCUGAGGACACAGUAGAGAACAUGAGCAUUACGACUAAGCUGGAGCGAGCCUUGGAGAAGGUGGCGCCGCUGCUGAGAGAGAUCUUUGUGGACUUUGCACCUUUUCUGUCACGAACGCUGCUGGGGAGCCACGGUCAGGAGUUGCUCAUAGAAGGUCUCGUGUGCAUGAAGUCCAGCACCUCAGUGGUGGAGCUCGUCAUGCUGCUUUGCUCUCAGGAGUGGCAGAACUCCAUCCAGAAGAACGCCGGUCUCGCUUUCAUCGAGCUCAUCAACGAAGGAAGGUUGCUCUGUCACGCCAUGAAGGACCACAUCGUCCGGGUCGCCAACGAGGCCGAAUUCAUCCUGAACAGACAGCGAGCGGAGGACGUCCACAAACAUGCAGAGUUCGAGUCCAACAGUGCUCAGUACACCGCCGACAGAAAGGAGGAGGAGAAGAUGUGCGACCACCUGCUCAACGCCUCCAAGCACAGAGACCAUGUGACGGCCAAUCAGCUCAAUCAGAAGAUCAUCAACAUCCUCACCAACAAGCAUGGUGCCUGGGGAACGGUGGCCCAGAGUCAGCAUCACGACUUCUGGCGUCUCGAUUACUGGGAGGACGACCUGCGGAGGAGGCGGAGAUUUGUCAGGAACCCGUUUGGCUCCACCCACUUAGACGCCGCGUGCAAGUCACUGCAGGAAUAUGGCUUGGAGGAGGAGGAGGACGAGGUAGUCAGGUCCAAGAAGGUCGUCCACAUCCAGAACGUGUCCAGUCAGAACCCUGAGACUGAACUGAUGCUGGAUGGGGAUGAUGACUCUGUCAGCCUGCUGCAGGAGAAGGAGAUGGACAACGUUGGUGGCCCGGUGGUUCUGAGCAGCCCGGCUCAGCUCGUGGCCCCGGUCCUGGUGGCGCGCGGGACCCUGUCCAUCACAAGCUCUGAGAUCUACUUCGAGGUGGACGAGGAUGACCCCGCCUUCAAGAGGGUCGACCCCAAGGUCUUGGCCUACACUGAGGGCUUACAUGGGAAGUGGAUGUUCAGUGAGAUCCGAGCAGUCUUCUCCAGACGUUUCCUCCUCCAGAACACGGCCAUAGAGGUUUUCAUGGCCAACAGAACGUCAGUCAUGUUCAACUUCCCUGACCAGGCCACAGUCAAGAAAGUGGUCUACAGUCUUCCACGAGUGGGAGUGGGCACCAGCUAUGGACUCCCACAGGCCAGGCGUAUCUCGUUGGCGACACCUCGACAGCUUUUCAAAUCCUCCAACAUGACUCAGCGCUGGCAGAGGAGAGAGAUCUCCAACUUUGAGUACCUCACGUUUCUCAACACGAUUGCAGGGAGGACAUACAAUGACCUGAACCAGUACCCCGUCUUUCCAUGGGUCCUCACCAACUAUGACUCUGAGGAGCUGGACCUGACCUUGCCGGGAAACUUCAGAGAUCUCUCCAAGCCUGUCGGCGCUCUGAAUCCGAAGCGUGCCGCGUUCUAUGCCGAGCGCUACGAGACGUGGGAGGACGACCAGACGCCGCCUUGCCAUUACAACUCCCACUACUCCACCGCUGCCUCCGCCCUGCACUGGCUUGUCAGAAUAGAGCCGUUCACCACAUUUUUCCUCAGUUCCAGUGACAACAAAUUUGACCAUCCUGAUCGCACCUUUUCAGGCAUCGCCCGCUCCUGGAGAAACUGUCAGAGGGACACGUCUGAUGUGAAGGAGCUGACCCCUGAGUUCUACUACCUCCCAGAGAUGUUCGUGAACAGCAGCAGCUACCACCUGGGGAUGAGGGACGACAGGACCAUGGUCUGUGACGUGGACUUACCAGCCUGGGCCCAGAAACCUGAGGACCUCGUCAGGAUCAAUAGGAUGGCCCUGGAAAGCGAGUUUGUGUCGUGUCAGCUGCAUCAGUGGAUUGACCUUAUUUUCGGCUACAAGCAGCGAGGUCCAGAGGCAGUGCGUGCCCUCAACGUCUUCCACUACCUGACGUACGAGGGCUCGGUCAACCUGGACACUAUCACUGACCCUUCGCUCAGAGAGGCCACAGAGGCUCAGAUCCAGAGGUUUGGACAGACGCCAUCUCAGUUGCUUAUCGAGCCACAUCCUCCACGCAGCUCUGCCAUGCACCUGAGUCCUCUCAUGUUCAAGGACCAGAUGCAGCAGGACGUCAUCAUGGUGCUGAAGUUUCCCUUCAAUUCUCCGGUGACACACGUGGCCGCCAACACGCUGCCCCACCUCCUCGUACCCGCUGUGGUCACUAUCACCUGCAGUCGCCUCUUUGCCGUCAACAGGUGGCACAACACUGUUGGUCUCAGAGGAGCACCAGGUUAUUCUCUGGAACAGGCUCAUCAUUUACCAAUAGAGAUGGAUUCUCUGGUCGCCAACAGCAGUGGAAGCAACAAGCGUCAGAUCACAGACUUAGUGGACCAGAGCAUCCAAAUCACCACACACUGUUUUGUGGUGACAGCUGACAACCGCUACAUCCUGGUGUGCGGCUUCUGGGACAAGAGCUUUCGUGUGUACUCCUCCGAGACAGGUAAACUGACCCAGAUCGUUUUCGGACACUGGGAUGUGGUGACGUGUUUGGCCCGGUCAGAGUCGUACAUCGGAGGAGACUGUUACAUCGUCUCCGGGUCCAGGGACGCGACGCUGCUGUUGUGGUACUGGAGUGGACGACACCAUAUCAUCGGUGACAACCCAAACAACGGUGACUAUCCAGCCCCACGAGCCGUCCUGACCGGUCAUGACCAGGAGGUCGUGUGUGUGUCAGUGUGUGCAGAGUUGGGUCUGGUCAUCAGCGGAGCCAAAGAGGGUCCAUGUCUGGUCCACACCAUCACCGGGGACCUGCUGCGAGCUCUGGAGGGGCCCAAACUCUACCGGUGCCCUCGGCUCAUCACGGUGUCCAGCGAGGGCCACUGCAUCAUCUACUACGAGAGAGGCCGCUUCUGCAACUUCAGCAUCAACGGGAAACUGUUGGCACAGAUGGAGAUCAACGAUUCCACCAGGGCGAUUCUCCUGAGCAGCGACGGCCACAACCUGGUGACGGGCGGAGACAACGGCGUGGUGGAGGUGUGGCAGGCGUGCGACUUCAAACAGCUCUAUGUCUACCCGGGCUGCGACGCCGGCGUCCGAGCCAUGGAUCUAUCACACGAUCAAAGGUCAGAGCAGGACACGUAUGCCUCGAUUACUAAAAUAAGAGAGUUGACCCCAAAGAUUACUAAAUUCAGCAAAAUUGACCACAGAGAUCACUAA